CCUUGCUAUUAUUAAAUAGAAGGAUUUUUGAACUGUACAGCCCCACUGUUUGUUGAUUUUUAAGGGCUAGUUGAUUAGCCAUUCCCGGAAACUGGCACUCCCAGAGCUUAGUGCACAAAUACUUUUUUCAUCCGUUUGCCAAGGCAUUGAGCAACUGGCCAAACACAACCUUGAAAUCUUAGUCUCCUGUCAGUUAAAUAUGCAAAUCAUCCAUUAUCUUUUGUUCCAGAAAGCAGGCAACUAUAAAGCAGCUACAUAAAUAAGUGAAAGUAUUAAGAAAGUUGUGUGAGAGUUAUGCACAGGAGAGCACAUUCCUUCAGGGAUCUACCAGUCUUUUUACCUGUUUGCUUCUCUUAUCGUUUUUGCAGUGAACAUUGCAGUGAACACUGAGGUUUAAGCAGGAUCUUGUCUAAGAGCUGAGAACCAUCCAUGCACAUGGAUGCUCUCGUAGUUAUUUCAGAACCAGCUUUUUAAAUAUUUGCUAAUGGUUAAAAAUUAAACACAGAGCAAAAAUCUGAGACUGGGGAAAUUUUAGGGAAAGAAAAUAUUCUAAAUACGGACAGAAACUCUUCACCAUGAAAUCAUUAUCCACUCUCGUGUUUAUUUCAUUCUUACCACUUGGAAUUUUUCAACAAAAGGACAAUACAUAUCUGAUAGAAGAAUGUGUAAACAAUGGCUACACUCAGAAUUCUUGCGAGAAAGUGUUUUGCCAGCCAUGGCAGAGGUGUGUGGAUGGCUCCUGUUUCUGUAAGCUACCUUACCAAUGCCCCAAAAACGGAACCUUGGUAUGUUCUACUGAGAAGAGGACUUUAAAUUACUGUCAGCUAAAGAGCUUGGAAUGUCAACGUAAAAAGAGCAGAUUUAUGAACAGAGGAAGAUGCAGCUCUCAAGAGACUUUUCAAGUUUCGUUGAAGCCUGAAAAUGCAACAUCAGCAGGAAUUAUCCAAGUUGAAGUGAAUCAAUCCCCAAAGACACCUGUGUGUGGAUCUCCUUGGGGUAUGAAUGAAGCAAAUGUGGCCUGCAGACAUCUUGGUUUUCCAGAAGGGGCUGAUCGUACAGACACCGUUGACCCAGAAGAAGACUCCGAUUCAUUGGAGUGCCUUAAGGCAAGAUGCAGAGGAAUAGAGACCAGCCUAGCGGAAUGUACUUUAACUAGAGUGAAUAAAACUAAUGAGAAAGUGGCAAAAGUGGUGUGUCAUACAGCACACAGAGAAUGUUUGCCAAAAGAAUUCCGUUGUGUCAAUAGAAAAUGCAUCCCUCCCUUUAAGACAUGCAAUGGCGUCAAUGACUGUGGAGACUUAAGUGAUGAAGUAUGUUGCAAAGCAUGUAGGGGGAAAAGCUUCCACUGUCAUUCAGAUGUGUGUAUUCCAAGAAAAUACGUCUGUAACAACGAAGUGGACUGUUUAACAGGAGAAGAUGAGACUCACUCACAGUGUGAUAAGAAAAGAGCUGAAGAAAAUGAAAACACGGGCAAUAGAAGAGCUCAACAAAAUGCAAGAGAAGGAACAGAAGUCGCUGAACAGUCUAUGGAUGAAGAAAGAAGAAAGAUCAAAACAUUGUUACCCCAAUUACAGUGCGGCAUUGCAAACCACACGGCUACUCGUCGGAAGCGAAUCGUAGGUGGAUACACUGCAGGAAAGGAUGAAUUUCCUUGGCAAGUGGCCAUUAAAGAUGAACGGACAACAGUGAACUGCGGUGGCGUUUAUAUUGGGGGCUGUUGGGUUUUGACAGCUGCACACUGUGUUAGAGAGAACCGUGCACAUACUUAUCAGGUGUGGACUGGAAUGCUGAACACAGUACUACAGGAAGGUGUAGUAGAAGCUUUUCAAGUAGUUAAAGUAAUAGUUCACGAGAAGUACAACACCAAAACAUAUGAAAAUGACAUCGCUUUGAUGGAGAUGAAACCCAAGGACACGAGCAGCCCAACAUGUUACCCUGUGGACUCUGCGCCAGUCUGUGUCCCUUGGUCAAAAUACAUGUUCAAAGGUGGCCACCAGUGCAAAGUGUCUGGCUGGGGACUCAAUGAAGAGUUUUCAAGGCAAUUUGGCCUUAAGUGGGGCUACAUUUAUCUAAUGGAAAACUGCUCUGAAAUCUAUGGGAACCGGUACUUUGAAGGCAUGGAAUGCGCAGGAACGCAUGAUGGCUCUGUGGAUUCCUGUAAAGGUGACUCAGGAGGACCCUUAGUUUGUUUUGACUCUAAUAAUGUGGGGUAUGUUUGGGGUGUUGUGAGCUGGGGUGAAAAUUGUGGCGAAAAAGGACACCCUGGGGUUUAUACAAAAGUGGCACAUUAUUUCAGUUGGAUUGGCCGUCACACUGGACUGAAUCUCAUUUCGCGAUAUAACUUGUGAUUUGGAAUGUAAAUAUUACCUCUUUCUGCCUUGGCAAUAACUAUAGAUAGGCUGCAGAACUUGUGGCUCAAUCCAGCCAAAGUGAAGCAUUGUCCUAGUGGUUUCAAUGAGAGAAAUGCAUGGCAUGAUCAAGUUUACUCAGAAGAUGUAACUUACUCCCAAGUAAAUAUGUGUGCAGUUGUAGCUUUAAGCUUGCUGAAAACUGUGGCAGGGAUGGGGAAGGAACCUUUGGCCCUCCAGAUGUUUCAGGCUCCAGUUCCCAUUAGCCCCAGCCAGCAUGGCCAGCAGCGAAGACUGAUGGGAUUUGUAGUCCAUUAACAUGUGGAAGGCUACUGAUUUCCCAUCUCUCAUCUGUGAAAGUUAGAAGUGCUCAGCUCUGGCUGGAUUAUGCUGCGAAAGAUCAUCAGUUAUGAGUUGUGAAAUUUUGCAUUUAAUAAAUUUUAAAGUAUGUGUGCUUCUUUAAAUAGUUACUGCAUUUCUUUUGUACUCAUUGUAUAUUCAAAUAAAAGUGAUGCAUACCA